UUUGUAGCCGGGGAGAAAAAUGUUUUCUACUGCUGCUAGUAAUAAGCUGCUAUAGCCUCAAGGCUAUACUUAGCCAAGGGGGCCUUCAUACUUAUGUGUGUAUUCUCUCUCUCUCUCUCUCUCUCUCUCUGCUGAGUACUACUUGCUUCACAAGCCUCAACACAACCACAAAUCGAUAAAGUUAAUUAGAGAAUUACUACACAUCUUCUCACAUUAACAUACCCACCCUUCUUAGCCUCUUAAAUGGGGAAUGAAUGAUUCAAAGGAGUCAUGGCUUCACUUAAUUCAUAUCACUACACAACAACCAUCUCCACCUUCCUCUUCAUAAUUCUUCUACAUCAUAUGCUUCAUCCUGUUUCUACCUCCAAUCGCCUGCAUUCUGCAAAUCCUCCCCGGGAAUUAUUAUUUGAAGAGAAAAACAAGAUAGGUUCAAUGCCACCAAGUUGUCAUAGCAAAUGCAAUGAGUGUCAUCCAUGCAUGGCAAUUAAAGUACCAUCCUUGCCCACUACUCAUGAUUCUAUCCCUCCCAAAGUUUCUGCCAUGGAAAAAUGGCUACAAGGUAACAUGUACUCCAAUUACAAACCAUUGGGAUGGAAAUGUCAUUGUGGUGAGCACUUCUUCAACCCUUAAUUACAAGUCUACUACAAUACAACCUUUGUGAAGAAGAUCCAAGAUUUUGCUCCUCCGUAUUAAUGAUUAAUGAUAGUGUAUUUUUAGGUGGUCUAUGUAGUAAUGUGGUUAAUUAAUGUUUAGAUAUGAAUCGCUUGCGUCAUCAUUGAUUGUAUACAAGUUUGAUAGUACACUUAUACAAAGUUUGUUAUAGACCUG